UGAACAAUGUAUCAUAAGGGUGGCAUUCAAUAUCUGACCCAUUUUAGGACCCUUUUUCAGAAUUUCAGUUUCACUGCCUUCUCUGCCUUCCACAUAUCCCUCUCUCUAUCGCCACACACGUAUAUACACUGUUCCAUUCUACCAUACCACAUUCAUCUUCUUUCAAGUUUUUUAGUAUAUUUAUUUAUUACUCCAAUCACACUCAAAACAAUAUAUUAACUGCUCCCUCUAUCUUCUUCUUCUGCGGUAUCUUUUACCUCACAAAAAAAUGAGCAGAACUCAAAUGUAUCUCUGCUGCCACAAAUGUAGACAAAUCAUUCUAUGUCUCAUUCUCUUUGCUUCAACUUCUUUCUUCCCUCAUCUUGUUUUCAUGGCUGAAGGAAGAGCAAUUUCAAAUGUCAAUCAAGUUGCAAAGAAGGGUAUGGAAGAGAAUGGAUCAAUGUUGGUAGAGAAAUUUCAAAUAGGGUCAAGGCCUCCAAAAUGCGAAAGAAGAUGCAUAAAAUGUGGACAUUGUGAAGCAGUUCAAGUACCUAUUGUACCAUCUAAAGUUCAAAUCCAUAGAAGCCAUUAUUCAGAAGCAACUUUAAUUACUUACUCUUCAACAAGAGGAGAUGGCCUUUCAAACUACAAACCUAUAAGUUGGAAGUGCAAAUGUGGGGAUUACUUUUUCAAUCCUUGACUUGAAAAGGAGAACACAAUACUCAUAUUUCUUUUGGAAAAAUACUACAAGCAAGAAAACUAUAUAGUAUUAAUUAAUUAAUUAUUUUUGUAAUGUUUCUCAUGUUGCCUCUGACCUUGUUGUAUAUGGUAGGUAGAUAUAUGGCAACUAUAUAGUACAUAUUAAUUUAUGGCCUCUUUUUGCUUUAAAGACUUGUUUUGUUUGUAUAUCCGAAGCAUAUGUUAAUUCUAUAUGUUUUUUUUUUCUCUUUUCA